AUAAUCUUUGCCGUGUGUACUGUGACCGGUUCAGACAUAAACAUGGUUCGAUUGUCAUUAUGUAUGGCGAACAAUAUUUAAGUUUUUGUUUAUGUGUUUAACCCAAUUGUGCGCGAUGUCUGUAUGUUCAUUCUCAUAGUGAAAAGAAAAUGAUAUGAAGUAUUAGUGUUAUGCAGUGAUAAAGCUGUGGUUCGAGUUAAGAGCGGUCAGCGCUGAUGACCCAGUGUUUACAAGGUAAAAUUAAAUCCCGCAUCGCUGAAUCAGCAUGACAGUGGUAACUAAGAUUUAUUUCAGAAAAACUGAAGAGAUUGGUGGAAGUAUGUAAUACGAAUGACACGAAAAAAAGUCCUACCACUAUUUCGACAGACUGCUUCGUUUUGAUGAAUAUGGGCAGAGAGAUUGGAAUAAUAAGAUAGUUCUGACUUCAUUUCAGCCAAGGUAUGGGGCUACCAAACAGUGAGACAACUGAGCCAACAACAGCCUUGGUGAGACGUAUUGGUUCUGCUGUGUUGUAUGGAGCGUGUUCCUUUCUAAUAACCGUGGUGAACAAGACUGUAUUGACAACUUAUGGGUUUCCUUCUGCUCAAGUUCUUGGUCUGGGUCAGAUGGCUGCUACCGUAGCAGUACUCAUUGUUGCACGGAGCAUCAAUGUGCUAUCUUUCCCUCCAUUUGAUAGAGGCAUCUUUCGUAAAUUAUGGCCACUGCCCCUGAUUUACAUGGGAAAUGUUGUCUUUGGGCUCUAUGGGACAAAACAACUUUCCUUGCCAAUGCUUACAGUUCUGCGACGUUUUUCGAUUCUGAUGACCAUGGUAGGUGAAUUUUAUUUGCUGGGUGUUAGACCAACUACAGCUGUCCAAAUAUCUGUUUAUACAAUGAUUCUUGGUGCAAUAAUUGCUGCAAGCAAUGAUUUGGCCUUCAGUGCAGAAGGUUACAUAUCAGUUUUGCUGAAUGACUUCUUCACUGCAGCAAAUGGUGUUGUGGUGAAACAAAAGCUGGAUGCAGCAGAGCUUGGAAACAUUUCAGAGAAAAACAGGCAAUAUGUGACUGUUCACUGCUUGGUUGGUAAGAAGUUUGAUAAUAUUUGUGUACACAAGUGGACUUUAAGACUUUAUUUCCUAACAUCUGAAUAUUAUGCCAAAGUUAAUUUUAUUCUCUGCUGAUUUAUUAUCAGCUGUGCAAAGUACAAUUGUGCACUCAAAAUAAAACAAUUCUUUUAAAUAU